AAGCCCCUGCUGCCGCUGCUGAGGAGGCGGCCGCGCGCCGCGGGCCAGGCGGGCCCCCGCGCCGUAUCGCAAGGUGCGGGCCCGACGCGCCGCCUGGGCUUCCGCUGGCUGCUCCGGUCAGUGGGCGGCAGCUCGGCCUCGCUGCAGCAGAUCGCCCAGGGCCAGCCGCGGCCGGGGGACGUGGCGCCGCCCUCGCCCACCGCCGACACCCUGUGCUCGCUGGACGCCCCCGGCCCGCUCGCCUCCCCGGGCCCCGUCGUGUCGCCCGGGCGGCUGCGUGACCACGGCGGCGGUGCCACCGCCCCCGGACCCGCCGCCGCCGCGCCCAGCACCCUGCCCAGGCACUUGACGCCCGGCCCCGGCUACUACAACGUGGAGGCCACGCGGCGCAGGCACUCGCUGGGAUCCGUCGCUCUCUCGAGGCCCAGGACCGUCACGGCAGCAGCAGCAGCAGCCGCGGCGGCGGCGGCGCGCCAGGGCAGCCCGGAGGACAUCGUGCUGGUGUGGAGCGGCGCCGGCGGCGGGUCCGCGGGCGCGCUCUGGAUCUCCUACAUCCAGUCGUGCUUCGUCGAGAUCUGCCGCAAGCGCGGCCGGCCCAGCUUCCACACGGCGGACGUGAGCGUCGACGAGCUGGCGGGCGCAGCGGAGCGCUGGCGCGGCCGCCUAGAGCAGGCCAAGCUGGUGGUGCUGGUGGUGUGCCCGGCCAUGCUGGCGCGCGUGGCGGCGUGCACGGCGGCCGUGGCGGGCACCCUGGCGCGCCUGGACUCGGCCCGCUGCCUCCUCAUGCUGCUCGGCGUGCAGGAGCGCGAGCUGGCGCCCGAGACGCGCGCCCUCCUGGGCGGCGACUGCCGCCGCAUGGCGGUCCGCGACCAGGACGCGUCGUUCGUCGGCGAGUUCCUGGCCGAGGCCAUGGACAUCCUGGUGCGCGCGUGGCGGUCCCGGACGGCCAAGGAGCGCCGCGUCGCGGACGGCGGCGCCGGCGCGCUCUUCUCGCUCGCGCCCAAGAAGGUGAAGGUGGGCGCGAGCAAGGUGCUGGCGCUGCUCGCCAACCCUCUGCAGCCCGGCGACGACGCACAGGUCCUGGUGCGCAAGGGCGGCGACCCCGUGGCCGUGGCGACCAGGACCCGGAACCCCUACACGUUGCAGUUUACAGUUCCAGAUAGCAUGCUGGACGUGUCGGCCAUGGUGACGGUGGUGGUGACGGUGAACGGUCAGUCGCUGGGCAGCCGCCAGCUCAAGUGCGAGAGCCGGCUGCGGGAGCUCGACCGGACGCUGCGCGCCCACGACAACCCCGUGCAGUUCCUCUGCCAGACGCUGGGCUUCGGCCCGGGCGACCUGGAGGCGCUCGACAGCUCGCUCCUCUGCAGCUACAUGCGCAACGUGCCGCCACACUUCAACCUGCUGCAGAGCCAGGGCGGCCGCCCGUCCUACAGUUGCGAGACGUACCCGACGCUGCUGCACUUCGCCGCGCACCUCGGCCUGGAGCGGCUCGCCAUGGCGCUGCUGGAGGGCCCCGGCGGCGAGCAGGCGUGCUACAUCCGGAACAGCGACGACCUCACGCCCGCCGAGAUGAGCGAGCGCGCCGGCCACCAGCGACUGGCGUGCACCCUGCAGGGCUACAUGCAAAUGUCGGAGCUGAGCAGCGUCUACACCAUCCUCAAGACCAUCAGCGAGGGCGCGCCGGCCGAGGCCGCCGGCUUCUACCCCGCGGGAGAGAGUGCCAAUUACUUGAGCCCGCGGCCGGCCGGCGAAACGUACUCUGUACCGCCGCCGCCCGCCCCAGUGCCGGCCCCCGGCGCGCAUCCCCAGCAGGCGCCGCCCCCGCCCCCGGCGCAGGCCGACCCCUACGUGGACAUGAUCAGCCUGCGGGGCCACAGCGACGUCGGCUCGCUGUACCAGAACAUGCCGGCGCCGGCGGGCCGCUCCCAGUCCGGGUCGCCGCCGGGCUCCCCGCGCCCAGCGCCCGAGGCCCGGCGUCACAGCGCCCCGGAGGACGCCGUCCUGCAGGCCCUUGCGGAGGCGCCGCAGGCGGCCCCGGACACCAUCCCGGAGUACUGCCCGGAGGACACGAGCGCCGUCUACCAGGACAUCGACGAGACGGACGGCCCGACCCCGCCGGCGGCGUCCGCGGCACCACCACGACGACGACGGGACUCCGACCCGGCGUUGGCGAGCCUCGGCGACGAGGACGACGACAUCCUGGGCAUCAUCCACGACCUGAAGAGCAGCUCGUUCAGCCUGGGCGCCCUCGGGGAGGUGGAGCACCUCGUCGAGUCGUGGAGAGGCAGAAACGCGACUCACCAGAGCCUCCGGGACAAGCAGGAGCAGCUGGCCCGUAUGCGAGAGGAGUUGCAGCGCGUCGAGCACCGGCUGGGCGGCGAGGCCAGGCCGUCGCCCUUCGAGAGGAUCAAGAGGGUAUUCAGCAGGGCGCGCCACGGCCGCAGCUCCAAGGCCCGGGCGGGCCCCGCGGCUCAGCCGGCGCCGCCCGCCCGCCCCGCCAGCAGCCUGAGCAGGAGGAGCUCGAGCUCCAGCACCUGGUCCGACAGGAGCACCGAGCCCGCCGAGCACCCCGACGUACCCGAGUCCCCGAUGCAGGUCGAGGAGGUCUCCUGGCUGCACCCGGUGAGCCCCGCCAGCGACGAGCACUACGUCGUGCCGCACGGGGUGCGCCCCGUCCCCGUCGUCGCGGCCCAGUCGCCCUACGGCGCGCCCCCCGCCGGGCCUCGGGGCGGCACGCCCGCCACGCUCGGCACGCUCGACCUGGCCGACGACGGCUUCCCCUUGGACUCGACCGGCUUCUGCAGCUACGUCAACGUGAACCUGCCCAGCUGCCCCCCGCCCGUGCCUGCGCGGCCCCAGGUGGACCUGCCCCUCUCCAGUUCCAGUCCGGAAUGAAGAAUUGUGUUUCUUUCUUGUGGUGCUGUUUGAAUUAUAGUAUUCUUCUGCAAUUUUAA